CCAGUUUUAAGAGGGUUCCGCUUGGCCUAUUAUCAUUGGAGUAGCUCGGAUAACGAUGGCUCUACAAGAUUCCUAUCUCUUUUCCUUCUCCAAGUCCACGUCUUCUUCCCUUCAUCAUUUCUCCUCUCUCCUCCCCUUUUACCGACGCCGUCAGAUUUAGCGAUGGCCAGCGGGACCAUGAGGGUGGAUUCGUCUUCAGGUCCGGCUGAGAACGGGAGGACGGAUGAGCCGGCGUCCUCUGCGCGGCGUCCUCUUAGGGUUGGGGACUAUCUCGGAAAACAUCGUCUUUCUGCCGCCAUUGGCCGCCUUCAUCAGGAGAUCCAAUCACUCGAAAUUCAGAGAUUUGUCCGAGAAAUAAACACGGUGUUCUCUGCAUUUAUGCAGUCAGAGUUAGAAGAACUGGAUAAGAUGGAGCCAUCUUCUGCUGCAUGCAAUGAUGUUCUCUCUUCUAUGGAAGGAAUACCAGAUGCUCUUCUUCCCAUCACCAAAGGGCCUGAGCAUUCUGCUUGGGAGAGAUGGUUUCAGCCAGUACGAAGCUCCAGGAACCGCAAAUGGUGGAGCAACAGAGAGUCUAAUGUUUCUUAAGUGUUGGAAUUUUGAUUUUUUAAAUAAAAAACUAUAAUGUUAGCUCUCUAACACAUCAGUUUGGUUUUGUUCUACUUAUUAUGCAUCCUAUGUUUAUAAUUUUUCAGAUUAUGUUCUGUACUGUUCAAGUUUGAUGGGAUGCAUUAUUAAGAAAUUGUAAAUGCUGCGUUAAAAGUUGAAUCUCUCCACCUUUGAUUGUUCUAUGUUAGCCAUAGAACAAGAGGUAAUUAGCACUCCAUGUUGGAUUGCUGGAGGGUUGACAUAGCAAUGAUAAAUUUGCUUUCAGUAUGAUUUAGAGAUAGUAAGUUAUGUUGAAUCAUAGAAGAGCCAUCUAAUAUAAAAACCAACUUUCUGGGCCAA